UUUAUCAAAGUUAUAAAUAUGCAAAUUUAUAUAAUGGACUUUUUUAUAGUUUCAAAUUGUAAGUAAGAGUCAUGAUACUCCAUGGCAUGUAUUAUCAGUGUUGUCCUGACUACAUGGCAAUAUGAUAUUUAAGCACUUUACUGUGUUUAAUUAAAUAGUCUCAAGACAACAUGUUAUUUUCUGACAUUACUGUACAUUUGCAUUAUAUGAUGAGGAGUCAGUAUAUCUGUCACAAGAACUAUUAACACAGUAUGGCCAGAAGAUGUCUCUGUAAUCCUCUAAAUAACUGGAGAAGUCUCGCAAUAAACCAGCUUUCCUAGAAUUAAUUAACAUGCUUUUUACUUUUUUAUUAUUUAAAUAAACUCGUCAAACUUUAAACAUUACUGUAGUUCAUAGCAAGCCUGCAAUUACUUUAAGGGAAUCUUUAAAAAAUUCAGAUAUGUUCAUUAAUAAAGAACCAACACCAAUAAAACCAGCAACCCUGAUUAUUAUUAUUAUUAUUAUUAUUAUUAUUAUUAUUAUUAUUAUUAACGUAUAUUAGGUCAAAACUAUUCGUUUUAGCUAAUAUAGGGUAUAGGCUACUUAUAAAAACUAUCGAGAGAGAAUGUUGAUAAAAUAAUAAAAUCAGUUCUUCCAAUAAAAUAAAAAAAAGUCGGUCGUUUUCAACGAUAAAAUUCCAUUUUUAAUUAAUCGGAACCACACACACUGAUGUUUUAUUACAUGUGAAGUGUUCCACGAGAGAAACAGAGAGUUUAUUGUUUAGCUUUCAACUUUAUCUGAUAUUAAAAUAUGUGUUCAUACAAGUCAGAGCGUGCUUAUAUUUGUUCAUAUUGACACUGUUUUACAUGUUGGCUUCAGUUGCAUUCAUCAAAAACAAAUGUAGUGUAUCUAUAAAUGUACAUUUGCUAAAUAUAAUAUAAUCAAGACAUUUAUUUAUUUAUUUGCACGAUAGGAUUGCGUACAACAAAUUGAUUUAAAGUCAUGAGAACCUUUAUACAAAUAAGCUAUACAAAAAUAGAAAUAAUAAUAAUAAUAAUAAUAAUAACUGAGUUUAAGUUCUGUCAGGUUGAAGUGACUUUAUUGCACUAAAACACUGAGUGAAGAUGAGCAGCUAUUCCUGCCAUGAUGCUAAUUAUGAUUUAUAUUACAGUCCAGAUGAGCUAGAAUAAGGUUAGAAUGAUAAAGUGCACGUGAAAUACAGAUGAACAGUAAAAUAAAAAUAUAAAAUUGAAAAGUAGAUAUGUUUAUUAACAUAUUGCACAGUAUAAGGCUAUUAGGCUUGGGCAAUAUAAUAAAAUAAAAUGUCAAUAAAUUAAUGUAUAAACUAAGUCUAAUUAUCAGUAAUUCAUCUUUUGUGUUGUUUCAGUAUAAAUGAAAAAUACAUGAUUCGAGACCCGUAUUAUUAUAAUGGUAAAAAAAAAGGUGUAAAGUCAUUAUUUCAAACAGCGCGCGCACAUUUUUGCUUUCUUGUCGUUUUGAUGAAGGUCUAAAUAAUGUUGAAUCCAUUUAAAUUCCACCAUGGUCAUAAUUCACUCGUCCAUUCUCACAGCUCCAUAAAACAUGAAUGCUGCACUUAAAUAGAUGAUCUGUGUCUCUGCGCUUACAAUUCACAUAGAAUAUAAGCACAGAAAAUCAGACAUAAUGCCUGAACAUUGAGGAUUGCACGUAUAAAAAUGUGCAUUAGGAGUCAUGCAUUCUAAAUAUAACUUAUUACAAUAGCAAUGUUAUUCAUUUAUAUUUUUUUGCAUCACGCAUUAGACUACUUAUUAAUAAAAAUACCACAAAAACACUGUGAUGUAAAGUGUGGCCAUUCGUUGCAUGUUAGACAAAUAAGGGUCGUUAUUAAGAAAGGUGAAAUGUCUGUAAUGUAAUGCGUGUCGCCUCAACAGUGUGUUAGAUAUGAUCAGCAUCAAUGACACUAAUGAACUGGAGAGUAUUAGAUCAUAUACACUGUUGCCGACAUAAUACAUCUGCAUAUUAAAGAUACACUCUGGGAAUUUUUUUUAUUUUAUUUUUUUAUAUAUUGUAGCCUAAUAAAAAUGGACUUACCAAAACCAAUGGGAUACACAUACUAUGCAUUUUACUAUGCAGUUAGGCGUUACGUUUUUCGGGUUAUUUUAAUAACAGCCCAGUAAGAGAUUAAAUACUACAGGUCUCGUGAUGAUGAUAAUAACAGGUGUUAUAAAUAGCAACUGACCGAACCUGGUUUCACUCUGAUGUAAAUGCAUGCUCAUUUACACCUUUAAUGAAGUUAUACGUUAUAAUAACCUGCAGGAGUUACAUAAAAAAGACGACGCUUAGCCUACAAAUAUCUUGCGCAUUUUGCCGCAUAAAAUCGCGAUAAAUCGCGUUUUCGCGCACUUGCUGUACAAGCUGUUAAAUAGUUGUUCUAAGCGAAAUUGAAGUUCUAUAAUAACUUAUCAUUGAAUAGACGAAGCCAACAAAUAAUUUCCGUAUUUUGUCGUAUGUAAGAAGCUAUAAAAAAUCCAAGUUUUAUAUAGCCUAGUUGUUCUAAAUGAAACUAAAAAAUAAAUUAAAAAAAAUAAAUAAAUAAAUAAAGGACCGCUAAAAAAUAUCGUGCGGUGUUCUCCGCUUCACUAUCAUUAAACGACAAUGAAAUGGUCAUACAGCACAGUUGUGUGGAGGUUAAAGUACUUACUCUGUCAGCGGUAAUGGCUCAUAAAGUAAACGUGUCUAUUUUGUCAAAUCUUGAAACAAUGAUUUCUACAGUGCGACGCGUCAUUAAAGCGCUUGAUGGAGUGCGGCUUUUGUCCCAGAGACGCGCAUGCAAAUGUGACGCUGCGCAUCCUCCAAUCACAGAGCGGCGUCACUUAGCGUCUUCCAAUGGGUGAUACGCGUUCGCAGGUGGCGGCGCGUUUAUCAGCUCAUCCCGCUGCGCGCACAUCACAGCGACAGUCCAUUCACCGCGCAUCGGCGAGUCACAUGCGGGCUAUCGAAGCGCUCACAGCGGGCGUGAGAUCUCCCUACGGCCGGCGGCUGGAUUCAGGACGCUUGUGAAUCUCCCGGACACUUUUGUACUUAUAAAACUUUUCAAGUUUCAACAUUGCUCUGAUUUCGUUCCCUUGGAUAAGUUGUCAAGUUGUGGACACUAAACUUUGCGUAAGGUGCACUCUUCUCCUUUGCAUGCAUAUUUUGUUAUUUCUUUCAUCGCGGUUUAUCCUGUGCUUCAUGCGCACCAAUGUUAGCUGUCGGGCAGAUGGAUCCUAACAGGCAGAGUGCUUUCGUCCUGGGCAGUACUCCACUGGCUGCACUGCACAACAUGGCCGAGAUGAAGACCUCUUUAUUCCCGUACACCCUGCAGAAUCACGCGGGGUUCAAGGCUCCUUCUCUGACCAAUCUGAACUCCCAGAUCCCGUUGGGGACGCCACAUGGAAUAAGCGAUAUAUUGGGGAGACCCAUCACCGCAGCUGGACAGUUUCUCACGGGCUUUCCCAGGAUCAACGGGUUGGCCACAUCGGCCGGGAUGUACUUUAACCCCGUGUCCCGAUAUCCCAAACCCUUGACGGAGUUGCCCGGGAGGGCGCCCAUUUUUUGGCCGGGAGUGAUGCAGGGUUCGCCGUGGAGAGACCCGCGUGUGCCCUGUCCGGCUCAAGUAAACAUGAUGCUGGACAAAGAUGGCAAGAAGAAACAUUCCAGACCAACUUUUUCAGGACAGCAGAUUUUCGCCCUGGAAAAAACGUUCGAACAGACCAAAUAUCUGGCGGGUCCGGAGAGAGCUCGACUGGCAUAUUCCCUGGGAAUGACUGAAAGUCAAGUCAAGGUGUGGUUUCAGAACAGAAGAACCAAAUGGCGGAAGAGACACGCGGCUGAAAUGGCCACAGCCAAAAAGAAACACGAUUCAGAGACGGAGAAGAUGAAGGAGAGUUCGGAAAACGAGGAUGAUGAUGAUGAUGAAUACAACAAACCUCUGGACCCGAACUCCGACGACGAGAAAAUCUCAAGACUGUUAAAAAAGCACAAGGCGAGUAACCUGUCCCUCAUCAGCCCCUGUAGCAACAGCUCGGACACUUUGUGUUGAUACUGAGCACUCUUCAUCAUCAUCAUCAUCAUCAUCAUCAUCAUCAGCCUCAGGAUCUUCUGGAGAAAUGAGGCAGAAUUAACCAGGGUAUAAACACACUGAUCACACGGAGAGACUCUGAAUGCAACUGUACAGUUAGAAGUGUAUGUGAGAUGUAUAUAUUUUUUUUUAUUGAGUAAAUUAUGUUAUUAAAGCAUCACGGAGACGUGCCAACUCCCCCUCAUCUUCAUCAUCAUCAUCAUCAUCAUCACAGGUCAACUGAAGAUGAUUUUUGGUUCAGUCGCAGAAGCAUAGCGACGCCUAACAGUUUGACAGUUUUAAUUUGGGAAACAGGUACACAUGUGUAUAAAGUCGGUGUUGUAAAUGAUGUGAAUAGAAUUUGUUUUAACAAUGUCCCUUUUGGCCGCUUAUACUUUCAAUGGAAGGACUUUAUGUUUUACCUCACAACACGAAAAAUAAACAAAUAUGGAUGAGAAAUAUCAGACGAAGAGAAUAUUAAUGCUUCCGUGCUGAAGGAAGAAAAAAACAAAAAAACUUUGUAUUAAAAAUAAAUUAUUUAACAAGCCAAUGUUUUAAAUAUGUCUUGGUCCUUUCAUGAGUCAUGUGUUUAUUUAUUGCUGUUUAAAACGAAGUAUUUCUAAUUUUAUUAAAAAAAAAAAUGUUUAAGUUGAAUUUAUUUGCAAUGCGCUUUUAGGCCGCGUAAAAGUUUGAAUGUUUAAUCUGCGCAUUAUUAUUAACAAUUACAACACACUAAUGAUACUAAUAAUUCAUUAUAAUUGCUAGUAUUUUUUUUAAGUUAAUAUACAGUAAAUAUAGCAUACAU